AUAUAUCAUUUCUCCAACUCGAGAGUUCAUGAUCGAUAAUCAAUGGCUCCAACAUCACAAGCACACAGGCUAAUCAUCGCCCAGGGAAUGAUUAUCGAGCAAAAAAUGGAUUUUGAGACCGGAAUUCUUUUAGCAAAGCGAUGCAUUUUUAGUGGAGGGACUCUCUUCCUUCCGUUCCAACUAGGGCACUUAAAAAGCUUUUGCUGUUUGGCAAUGGCUCUGCAUCUCCACUCUCCAUAUAUUUCUCUCGAUCGAGGCUUUGCAUCUUUUUUUCUAGAUUUUGAUCCAAUCGAGCUAGAAAUCUGAGAGAGAGAGAGAGAGAGAGAGAGAGAGAGCAUCAAAUUGUGUAAAUUUCUUGAGUAGGAGUUUUCUUCUUUCUUUCAUUUGGAUGCGAUGGGAAGAUCUAGCAAGUGGCUCUCGCUGGUCAGGAAAGCCAAGGCUUUUGUUUCACUCAAGGGGCUCAAAGGAUUCAAGAAGAAACUGGGCGAUACAAAUGGAAUCCUCCUGGUUCACGAAAAGAAGAAAGAGCUGAAUUCCAAUGGUAAGAUUUUGGAAGAGAAAAACGAGGCCCAGCAAGAAGCUGUAACAGAGGAAUGUGUUAUAGUGCCACCAUCCAAUUCUCCUCCUCCCAAUUCUCCCGAGAAUUUAGAAGAGAAUGUGGCUGACUCCACUCCAACGCCGGAGAAAUCCCAGGAGGAAUUGGCAGCAGUGAAGAUUCAAGCAGCAUUUCGUGGGGUCGCAGCGAGGAAGAAAGUGAAGGCGAUGAAAGCCUUGCAGAGGCUCCAAUCCAUGCUGCAUGGAAAGGCGGCGAGCAAGCAGACCUCUCACGCAAUGCGAUGCAUCCAAUCCUUCGCGAAGAUGCAAUCCCAGGUACGAUUGGAGCGAGCCAGAUUCCGAAACCACCCUGGCGAGCGAAAAGAAGACCAAGAAAAACAAGAGGAAGAACAAGUUGGCGAUUGGGACGACAGCAUCCUGUCCAAGGAUCAAAUCCGCGCAAAAAUUCAAAGCAAGAACGCAGCAGCAGCGAAACGCGAGCGCACUCUGGCCUAUGCCUUCUCACACCAGCUAUGGAGGUCGUAUCCCAAAGACGCAUCACCGCCGAGUUCUAGCAGUGACGACGAUGACAAGCCUGCCUGGAGUUGGAGCUGGCUGGAACAGUGGAUGACUUCCAGAUCCUGGGAGAGUUUGGAGGAACCCAAGGCAGGGAGUAAUUCUCCUGCGAGGCUACCGGCAGUGAUCCAAAGCCCCGGGAGAAGUAAGCAGCAAGUUCCAGCUUCUUACAAGAAGAUCGUCGCCGACAUCCAGCCAAAGUUCGCUCCGGGAUCGCCAAACACGAGGUUUGGAGUCCAAGCCCAGCGGAAGUUCUCGUCGAUGUCGUCGCCCAGCAGGAUCCAAGCCCAGGCGAAAUCUGCCAAGGUUCACAAUGAUAGCAGCGAGGAGAAAUCCAUAGCGAGCAUCAAACCUGGCAGCUUGAAGCACGAGUUUGCUGCUCCAGAGGGAAUCUCUUCUCCGGUGGAUACCAGGAAGAUGAAUCGAGCGCUGCUGGGCAAGACAAAUGGAAGUAUAGGGAGCAGUCCUGGACGAUCGCCAAGAGUUGGUAAAAGGAUUCCAUAGCUCUGUAAAAGCGGGAGAUUUAAAAAUUUGAAAAUCUGAAAGCACACCCACCGGUGAA